GAUUCGGUGUUUGUUUGCUGUCCGUGAGGCUGUGCUCCCCAGGAGUGUGGUGAUGCCUGGCACUGUGAUUCUCCCACCCGUGGAGGACCAGCCCUGGCACAAGCCAGGCUGGCCCCAAGCCCGCAGGCUGUCCCCACACUGUGACACCUGGCUGCUGCUGGUGGUGCUGGGGGCAAGCAAGGGUUUGGCACCCUCCUGCCAGUUCAGCCAGGUGCCAGAGGCAUCACAGAGCUACCAGAGAGGUGAUGGAUGGACCCAGGAUGAGGAAAUGCACCCAAACCUUCUGUGGUGCCAGCCCCAGCACACAGGGGUCAUGGAAGUGACGUGGCUGCCCAUGUCCAGGGCUGGAGUGCUCUCCCCUGAGCACGGGAUUCAGUGGGUGGGGGCAAACUGUUGUCCUGCUUAUGACACCUGGGGAUGCUGGGCGAGAGCUGCUCCUCCUGCCUCUGCUGGCUAACCAAGCAGCUCUUAAUUUUCCUCCUCUCACUUGUGAAAUCUUCCCCCACCAUUUUCAGAGUCCCAUUUCCCAGUGAGGCCAUUCUUGGCAAGGGAGACAGCACAUCCCACCUUCACACUGGCAAUGGGUCUGUGUGGGCCCCCUGCUCUGGGGCUGGUUCCCCAUGCACCCCACAGCAAGUGAUGGCAGCAAGCUGCAAUCCCAACACCCACCUUGCAGCAGAUAGGCACCUUUUGUCUGCCUGUUCAGGGCACUCACCCUGCAAAGCCCCAUCUCUCAUCCUUCUCCAAACCGUCUGCUUAGUUGUGCUCCUUCUCCCCCAGCCCCUCCCAAAGCUUUGACAAAGGCCCUUCAGCUUCCAGAGCCUGGCUUCCACCAGGGCUCUGGCCACAGCAAUUAGCAGGUGCCAACCAGCACCUGCAGCCAGGCUGUUCAUCAGAUAAAUUGGAUGGAGGUGAGCUGGGUAUGGCAGUAGGGUUUGUGCUGCUGUGGGGAGAGGGGCCUGUGACUGCCUGGCUUUGUGCUGCCAUGGAGCUUCAGCUGGGUAAGGGGUCUGCAAGUGCUGUGGGCUCCCUUGGAGCUGGAGCUUGGCUCGUGUCUGGGCUAGGGUGGCUGUGCUCCCUGGGGGCAGCAGGGAUGAGCAGGGCUGUGCCUGCUUUGUCUUCUGGGGGCUUUGAGGCCGCUGGGGGUGUGAAUGUCUCAGGACUGGAUUUCAGUCCCAAAUGGUCCCUCUUCCAGCAGCCAAAGCUGCUGGUAUCGCCCCACGCUGCCAGGCCCAGCACCCUCCAACCCUGCAGAUGAUCAAGGAGGCACUGCAGGCCCACGAUGAGAAGAAGGGUGCCUCUGUGGUUGCCAUCAAGCGUUUCAUCCUGGCUAAGUACCCCACUGUGGACCCCAUCCGCCUCAAGUACAUGCUGAAGCAGGCGCUGAGCAAGGGGCUGAGCUGCGGGGAGCUGGUGCGGCCCCACAACUCGACUGCUGUGGGGGCCACUGGCACCUUCAAGUUAGCACUCAAGAAAUCAGUGCAAAAGAAGCAGCUGGGCCAGACAGAUGUUGCCAGAGAGCAGGCCCCAAAGCCAGGACAGAAAGGGACCCCCAAGGACCCCCAGGCCCCCACAGCAGCAGCACGACGGCGAGGUGCCACCAAGCAGCAGCCGAAGGUGAAGCCUGUGAAGGCCCAGCCACGAGCAGCAGAGAAGUCCAGGAGCAAGAGAGCCAAGCAGCCCCAAACUGCUGACCAGCCCCAGGCUCAUGAUCGGGCUCAUGACCCAGGGCCUUCAGGGCCCCCAAAAGCCGCUGGCCACCGCCAGGCCCCCCGGAAAGGACGCUCAGGACCCAGCACAGCUCAGGCUGCUGAGAGCACAGGAGGGAGCGAUAGCGACAGCUCUGCAAGUGCUGGGGUGGGGGGGCCCCAGAAGGCCCCCCGGGGAAAGAGCAAGGGGAAGGUGCCCAAGGGGGCACAGCGGGGUGCCCCCAAGGCACAGGGAGGUCAAGAUAAGGCGAAGAAGCCCCGGGUGACUGCAGGAGCUGGGCAGGGGAAGGCCAGGAUGAAGAAGGCAGCCCCCGUGGCAGCAGACAGAAAGGCUCCGUAGGGAGCUUAUCUCUGCUUCUGUUGGCCCCAGGCCCUUGGGGUCUGUGCUGGUUUCAGUCCCUAGGCCAGGUUUUAACUCUGUGUUCACCUCAUCCUAAUAAAGCUUCUUUACUUGCUUCAUGGAUUGGCAUGACUGUUGUCAGUCCCUGUCCCUGCAGUUUCAUCUCUCCGUGCCAAAAUCCCUCAGCCCUGUCCUCAACCUGCACAGCAUGGUGGUGAGCUGAUGCUGCAGGCAGCUACCUUGCUGCCUGCCUUCACAGAGAGGUUCUCUCUCUGUCCCCAUGUG